CCCGAGUCAUUGUUCCCGCCGUCGAAGUUUCCCAGUGUAUUUCAUUAUCACGGUUAUAAAUUAAAAUUUUGUGGGAAUGUUCAAAGUGUUUUUGGGCGGAAGAUUCAAAACCGAAGUCAAACUUUAAUUCAGGCCGAUAUCGCCGUGACGAAGUCAGCGAAGUAGAUACUCACACACAAACACCUCUAUUGCCUUUAAUAUCCAUCCGAACUCCUCAUUACGACACCGCCGAAGACACGGAACUAUGGAAGACAACGGUUGGAUCGGCCAGGAUGAAAUCAAGAAUUCGGGAAUGCUACUGGGUAAGUAUUGCCCUUUGGUCGAUAAAUGCAAAACGUAGGUAUACUGUUUUCGUUUUUGUAAAUUUUUACGUAUGAAGAAGGAAACAGAGAAGAAAGAAAAGGCGUAGUAAUAAAUUCACUGAAAGAAUUUGACAGUACCUACUUGAGACUAUUGAAAGACUAUUGACUAUGAACGUUGGUUUCCAUUUGCUGAAAAAAUGGUUCAGUUGUAAAUUGCUGAAAUUUGAAGAUAACAUAUUAAUUGCACUGGUUCAAUAAUAAUAACUUCUAGUUUAUUUUAUUUUAUUUUUUUGCUAGCAUCGACUUUCGUCCGUAAUUGAUUAUCACUAAUCUUCUUAUGGCUAUUUCAUAUUUUCUCCUACUUUCCACUUGUUUAUAUACUGUUUUAACCAAUUCCCUAAGGUUUUCUUAUUCUAUAUAGAUACUUUUCUAAUAGUGACGGCGAAAUUGUUCUCAGGACGGGCCAAACCAACAUAUAUUAGGGCAGACACAGUCGCACGGUAGUUAAAAAACCGGGGGGUUGACAGGGGUCCGAGCGUCCUUAAUUUGGACUCCUCACCUUUGACCACCUGUAUACAAGUACAGCACCUUUGUAAUAAAAAAUUAUUUAUUUAAUCUCUUUACGUCUUGACCUCGCUUCUCCUUUAAAAAUGGUGGUUGCGUUUCCUCGAACCGCACUAAUUAUAAAACGUAAAUAAUCUAUAGCUGUGUGUGACGUGUACGUAUAAUUUAGGAAAACUUGACAUCGAAAUUACAGGUAUGUUCUACUUACGUAAAAAUACUAAAAAAAAUUCGAAUUCAAACUAUUAAAUUAAAUCAAAGCCACUCCUUUCUUGUAUCCGCGAUGUAUCUAUACUUACAAAAUAUGACGAGCAUGCAUCAUUUCGAAACCAACAAAAAAAAAAAAAAACUACAAUUUUUCCAAAUUGUCAUAAUAAUAAUACUAAACAAACCAUUUGUACGGAUACUUUCAUAGAUCGCAUGGCCAGCGGUCGAAUGGCAGUGUACGUGAAAAAAUUUGAAAUAUUCCAAAAGGAGAUGUACAACUCGACCUUGUUGAGCGAUUGCGUACCCGUCAUUAUGGACCUGAUUACAUGUGACUUGGACGUGGACAAAGUUUUGGGGCAGACGUUGCUCCGGAGUCUCGUCCAAAGUGAGUGUCUAACCGAUCGCCUGCUGGUGAUUAAAAACUACUAAACGCUAUUUACGAAUAUACGCCGUAAAUUACGUCGUAGAACCGUUACAAUAAUAAUUGGGGUUUUAGUUUUUUUUCAGUCAAUGGUAGUUUUGGGGGAGUUGAAUUAGGUUGGUGAUUGGUAUUCCUCACUGAUUUCUAUGUAAAGGUGCCAAAAUAAUCGCCUUAAGUUAAAACUCCUAGAAGUUAUAUAUUUAUGAAAAAUUAGGAAUAGCCUUUCAUUUCCUAUAUUUUAUCUCUUUGAGAGUAAAAUUUUCAAAAAUCUUGAUGUACAUUUUUGGAUAUACGAAAAGCCAAAUACUAUGUUUUACGAAUUUUACUUAAAAACUGGAAGAUUUUGAUACAAAUAUUCAUCGUCUCGGCAUCAGCAUGCUAAAUUUAUGGGAGACCUUAGUUAAACCACCUCUGUUUAAAAGAAAUGAUCAGUCCCCCCCCCCCAAGAAAAAUCCUGGUUACAGCACCAUAAAACAGUGAACUAUGCUUUGAUAUUUUAAUUAAAAUUUUUCCCGAACUUUUAAGAAUUCCCCCAUAUCCUUUCCCGUGUAAUGCAAUUUAUCUCUUGUUAUUUUUUAACGCAGUUUACGAUGGUCAUUUUAACGAAUUCUAUUUUUAUUUUUUUCUCAUUUAAAAACUACAUCACACACAUAUAUUGAAAAUGUGAAUAUCAAGAAUAGAGACCGCUACACAACAAAUUUUUAUGGGGCGGUAUAUAUGUUGUUACUAAAUUGUUAUUAUAAUUGAUAUAGGAAAACCUAUCGACCAAAUACUUCUUUAUCUUUCUUUUUAAAGUGACUAUGCCGGAAUACACGAGUACGACUCGAAAAUAUCGCUAAUAAAAAUAUCAGUUAAUGACGUGACAUAUAAAUCCGGAUUUCGGAUUUCAAACAUCGGCAGUUUCAAUUUUGUAAUAUGAAAUUUGAAUUUUCGAUUUUUAAACAUCUGUUUUGUGCAUUUUUUUUUUUCAUUUUUACACUUGAAAAAAUGUGUUAAAAUGUCCGAUUUCGGAAUCCGGAAAUCCAGAUUAUCGUAUUGCGCAAAUCCGGAUUUCCAACUGUAUUUUAGGUAUGUUAUACGGUCGGACGUAACUAAAACUUUUCGUUAUGACAUGUGUGUGCGCAGUGGUCGUUUCGUCGGAAAAAGUCGUGCAAGAAAUGUCGGCGGUGUGGAAAACGGAUGUCCUGAUGAAAGACCUGCUCCGCGUGAUGCGCGUGCACGUCAUGACGCAAUACAAACACUAUCAAUUGUACACUCACAACAUGAUCGCCGUGAUGAAAUGUUUGGCACGCGUCACGUAAGCACCGUUCGUUAAUUAUAAUAUUAUGUUUCCCGAAAAUUUUACCGCACACGCGUUACAUCUCAAAACUCGAACUCGAUUUAAUGGCCCGGCUAUUUUAUCGCCGGAAUCGAAACAGCGUAGCCCGGGCGAACGGUGUCUCUUAUUCGCGCGCGUCGACGGGACGUGCGUUUUCCAAACAUUCCGUCGUUAUAAGUACAAACUUGAACACCGGCAGUUCAGCGUUACACGCUAUCCAUACGCAAUAGUACCGAGUAAUAAAAAUCAAAUAAAUCAAACGGUUUUUUCAAAGUUUUUUUUUUCUUGGUGGGCAUUAUUCCAAACGCGCACCUAUACAAUAACCCGUAUAACGUUUUCUCGGGUCGAAACGGCAUUUCGAAUUUAAAUCAUUAAUUUACAAACGCCGCGAUGAUUAUACGAGAUUUCGUACGAUAGUCUCGUCGUACAUCCCGGGAUUUCGGUAAGCACUCGCAUUAUUAUAGACGCGUACGAAAAUUAUCACGCUGAGUUAGAUGAAUUAUUCAUUUUAUUCGGGGUUUUCGAAUGAUUGGCAUCGUCGCCGACCCGGACUAUCCGGACUAUCUAAACAUUUACGUCCGUCAAGUCGCGUAAAAAUAAAUUAUAAUAUUCGAUAAUAAUAUAUUAUAUAGCCGAUAACGGAAGUGGCGAUAUUUUAUAAACGAGAUACGGAGUAUACGAUUCCGAACGAGGUAAUAAAACGAUAAUAUUCAAAUUGCACGUACACUGUAGUGUGCGGUCGGUGUAGAAUGUUAUUUUGAUCGCGAGAAAAUCAUUUCCAGCGAUUUUUUUUCUCGACCCGUGCGUAUAGGUUUGUUUGCGUCUUCCCUUCUCAAUUUUUCGCCAUUCGUUUCAAUGCUCAACAGCUUCCAGUACCCUGCUUACUAUUUUUUCUCGACAAACGUGUUGCGGGGUCUUCCGGUGGUGUUUCCUUCAAUCAUGCCUUCUAUGAUUGCACUCUGCGGUUCUUAUCCGGAUGACUAAGGCCCGUUCUUACCAACGUAAACAUUGAUUUUCUAAUUAAUUAAUAUAAAAACUCGAAGGAAUAGAAUGGGGAAUAUCGAUUCAUAAUCUUGGGCGUGAGAAAGGGGAAAUUGUUUUUCUAUUAAGUUUCAUGUUAAUGAACUGAACUAUAGUUAUAAUUUAUAAUUUAAUAAGUUAACUGCCCAGUUUUAAUCGGCAUCGUUUUCUUGACGUCUAUUCUCCCCGCAGGAAAAACAGCAAGGCCAAAGAAUACGAAUACAUCCAGACCACACACAUGGUGGGCAAUGACAGCUGUACCGUGUUAGACGUUCUAUUAAAACCAAUGCAAUACCUGGUGAAUAUGAACAAGAUAUUCAAUGAUUUGGAUUGCAUGUUACUGGACAACGACGAUACAAACUACAUUGGCGAAAUAAAACGUUAUUUGACUCAGGUAAACAUCGUAUCAUUUGUUAGUUUCUUUGAUUCUGUGUGAAUAAGAUUCAGCUAUUGGUUUUACUAAAACGAGGUUUUAUUCCAGUGGUGUACCGAUAGGGUGACAUAACGGGCAAUGAGCCACGGGCCCAUUAUAUUAAGGGGCUCCGAUUCAAGACCCAAGGCAUUAUUUUUCAGUGGACGGAUAAUUGAAUAAAAAACGGGCGAUGCCCAUUGUUUUGUUUAUUAAGUAACAUGAGUGGACGGACAGAUGUAUGAAAACAGAACUUUUUCUUUUUUUUUGUUCCAAACUGUGUAAAUCGAGCCCCGAUUAGGAUUGUGCACUUGGUCAGGGCUGGUACUAGUAUUUAUUGAUGAGUGGAGAGGUUUAGUGAGUACUAAUUUCUUUAGCACUCUCUAUACGGUGAGAUAUUUUGCCACGGGCAUUCGGAGUUUUACCCCACUGGUAUUUUCGGUUCGGAAAAAUACUCCGAAUAAAUGUUUGACACAUUACACCUUAGAAUAUGUGGAAUUUCUGUCCAGUGAUACAGAUACAUAAUUGAAAAUAUUUUUUUUUUUUGAAAUUCUCAAUGAAUUCAUGAACCAUUUUAUUUUAUCGAAAAACUUUUUCGAUUACCCAGUGAAAAUGCUAUACUUUUGUUUUUUACAAAAUACCUUCCUUAAAAUAUGUGCAUUUUCUGCUCGAUAAUACAUUACUUCAACAAUUUGUCGAUUGCAAUGAUUUGUAAUCAUAUUUAGUGCCUAUAUAAAAACUAAAUUUUACGCCUUUAUUCUAUUCCGGUCCAACUUUUCACUUACAGCAGUGGCCUAUCUAUUGUAUGAAGUAAGUCGCUCUUUUGGUUUUUCAUUUUUUCAAUCACCAAAACGAUAAUAAUUAAUAUAAUUACGUAAAAAUAAUUUGGUUUAAUCCGUGGUGGUAUUAGGUGUUCAACAAAAUCCAAAGCAAACUCGAUCUGAUGUCCGACAUCAUCGACGAAAUCGUCAAAAGGUACGAGAACAGGUGCCAGAAAAAAAUUUCUGACGGCAAAAAAUGGUUGAAAAUCAAGUGAGUUUUUCUACCGCGUAUAUUAUGGUCUAAAAUUCUCAAACGUGAUUCGUUUUACAAUUUUCGUUAUGUGCAUAUUUUUAUCUUGUUUUUCAGAGAAAAGUUUAACAACAUUUUCACCACUGCCGUCGUCACGCCGUGCUCGUUCACGGUGAAAUUGUAUUUGAAUUAUUAUUUUCCCUCGGAACAACAAUUCGAAGAAUAUCUCAACGCCGCGGGAAAAAAUAAUAAAUGUAUUGUGCUACGUAAAUUCAAUGCAAAAUAAACUAUAUUAUAUCGUUACGUCCGUCUUCGCGUCGUUUUAUGUUAAUUUUAAUUUAUAAUAGGAAUUUUUGUCACUCUGUGUGUUUGAAAUCGGGUAAUUAUUUGAAACCAGUAAAAUUGUUUCGAACGUAUCCCGCGGUUUACUAUCAAAGAACAUAAUAGUUCGAUGGCAUAGUGCACAAGUGUGGUAAGUGACAUUUAAAAAAAAAUGUUCAGUAUCUGUAUAUGAAAGUUCAUAUAAAUCAAUAUGCAUUUCAAAAAACAAUUCCGUCUGUCGGAUAAAAUAUUUAACAUGCAUAAUACGCAACGUCUGUAAAUUAAUAAAACAAAUCAAAUGGUCAAUUAGUUAUAGAGUACUGGACUCAUUUUCGCCAAAAAUUACACUUGCGCACUAUGCCGUUAUAUUAUUCGAAUGAAGAUCUUGAAGCCAAACCAAAUAGACGACUCCGUAUUUUUUUUAUUUUUUUUUUUUAUUUUUGUAUUUUCUUGAAAUUGUCAAAAAAAGUAGUGUUGUCCAUUUGUUGCAGCUCCGAGGUCUUCGGUAUUAUUAACUUUAUUAUUAUAAUAAAUCAAAACUGUAUUUGUGAUAAUGUGGCGAAGUUUCGAUAUGUUUAAUAAAUUAUACCCUGACAUAAUAUAACGAUUUUUGUUUUUAG